UCACAGCCUUCUCCAAUUAUUUCUUGUGGUUGUUGACGACCUUCCAAAAUUUUGAUAGUCAGUAAUUUUUUAGCAGCAAUCAGAUCAAUAUUAGAGUAUUAGUAUAUGAUAUUUAGAUCCGGCUCUAAAUGAUAGACUAUAUAUCCAUUGGUCAGAGUCUAUUAGUUACAAAAAGCAUUAACUUUUGUUUUUGGAUAAAAAUCUGUUCUCUCUCACACACUCAUCUAAAACUUAACUAUGGUUAGACUUAGACAUUUAGUAUAGGGAAAUAUUUUGUUCUCCUGUGUGUCGUCCUUUUAAUUUAUAUGUAUUUAGAGAUUGUGGGUAUCUUAGACAGGUAAGAUUUGGGAUGAUUUUGAGGGAUGAGUUGACAUCAAGAAUUGUCCUUUCCAACCAAACCAAUCAAUAAGGCUUUAUAUAUAUAAUUCCCUCUUCAUCUUAAUUUUUCAUCUUCAGCAAUGGAUCAAAAUCAUAAUACCUCAAGUAGAGUGGACGAAGGGUAUGAAGACUUGUUGCCGGUGAUGGCACAGAAGCUCGACGUCGAGGUGUUUGUGUCUGAGCUUUGCAGCGGUUUUCGGCUGCUUGCUGAUGCAACGAAAGGGCUGAUUACUGCAGAGAGUUUACGGCGAAAUUCAGCGCUGUUGGGAAUGGAAGGGAUGAACGAGAACGAAGCGGAGUCGAUGGUGAGGGAAGGAGAUCUUGAUGGGGAUGGAGCUCUUAAUGAAAUGGAAUUUUGUAUUUUAAUGGUGAGACUUAGUCCAGGAAUGAUGGAGGAUGCUGAGGCUUGGCUUCAAAAGGCAAUUGAUGAAGAGCUAAGUAAAUCUUCUUGUUAAUAUAUAUAUAUAUAUAUAUAUAUUUGUGUUUGUAAUUUAUAUUUGAAUUGUAAUAAACUCAAAUAUAAGUGUAGUUGUUGAUUAAUGGUUAAAUUAUAUGAGAGAAAGAUUUGUGAUCU